AUGUCCGACUCUCACCUCACAGUCGAUCCCAAUUCGACAACCCCCCAUCCCGACGCUGACGGAACUACUAACAACACCAUCAUCGAGACCAUGCUCGAUCUUGAGGAGAUCGACAAGGACCUCUACCGGUCCAAGAAGCUCUGGGUUCCCAUGGGCGCACGCGGUGUCUUCGGAGGAAAUGUUGUCGGACAGGCGCUGGUUGCUGCCACAAACACUGUGUCGACUGAUUUCUCUGUCCAUUCCCUGCAUUCGUAUUUCCUCCUGCCUGGAGACCACACAACUCCGAUCCUUUACCAUGUGGAGCGCGUUCGCGAUGGCAAGUCAUACUGCACGAGAACGGUGACGGCAAAGCAGCGUGGAAAGAACAUCUUUGUGUGCACAGCCAGCUACCAAGUGCCUCGCCCUGGCGCACCGAGCCAUCAGUACCCCAUGCCCAAUGUGCCCCACCACAGCACUCUGUCCAGCCAGGAAGAGUUGAUCCACGCCAUGAUCGAUAACCCCAAGCUCCCCGAAAACCUCAAGGACUUUUUGAGACUUCGUCUCGACGAGCCGGUGGCAUUGGAGUUCAAGGAUACGAAGCGCCAUACAUUCAAGGAGCUGAUGAACCCCGAGGUCAGGACAGAUCAGUCGUUCUGGAUCCGCUGCAAGGGCCAGCUGGGCGAUGCCUUGGCUCUGCACCAGUGCGUGGUCGCCUAUGGAUCGGACCACAACCUGCUUAACACCGUGCCCCUGGCCCACGGCAGCUCCUGGUUCUCGCGCAGAUCUGGUCCCAGCCCCAAGAUCACCAUGAUGGCCUCCCUCGACCACUCCAUGUGGUUUCACUGCCCCUUCCGUGCCGACGAGUGGCUCCUCUAUGUCUGCGAGACGCCUCGCUCGGGAUGCGAUCGCGGAUUGACGUUCGGAAGGAUAUACAAGGAGGACGGCACGUUGGCGAUCUCGGUUGCACAGGAGGGAGUUGUCAGGUUUCAGCCUAAGACCCCUGUCCCUGCUGCCACUGUCGAAACACCCAAGCUGUAA